AUGAUCAUACUAAUAAGCAACCGGGAUAUAGCCACCACAUGGAGAGACACGGCGGCGCUGACCUUCGACCCGGUUAUACAGCAAUUUAUAACCACUCUCGAUAUAUCAAAGAAGACCCAAGAAACCUUAUUUCGAGAGAACCCAGCAUCUAUGGUGCAAAGAGAGAACAAGUUCGCCUCGCUCUUGGUCAAGGAAGAUCCUAUGCAUCAUGCAUUCUGCCACCUCCAGAUGGAAUGGGUGAAGCAACAAUUAUCCGGAAAUAUGCUUGCAGAUAUUGUAUUUUCGGCAACUAAAGCGUUAUUUGGGAGUGAAAUGCUGGAGGUUGAUCCGCGCUUCCCUGAAUUCUACUUCGGCUUCGAGGAAGCGGCAUGGAAGAUCAGCAACAACAACGCCCACACCAUCUGCUUCUGGACAAUCUCCCACAUCAUCACCUCCCCAUCGCUCCUCGCCUCCGUCCGCACUGAAACAUCCAAAGCGUGCUCGCCCUCCGGCUCUGUCGACCUUACCAUCCUAACCAACCACUGCCCUCAGCUAGACGCAAUCUGGCACGAAGUCCUGCGCCUUUACACCGCUGUAUCACUCAUCCGCGUCGCCAUCCAAAAGACAUCUAUCAACGGUAAGAUCAUCAACAAAGGCGAUCAAGUGAUGUCUCCCACACGCCAAUCCCAUCUGAACCGCGAACUCUUUGGCUCAGACGCGACCGAGCUCCACCCCGAGAGGUUCCUCAAGGACAAAAAGCUGGCGAACCAGAAGGGUUAUCAUCCUCUUGGUGGCGGGAAUACGUACUGUCCUGGUCGAUUCCUGGCCAAGCAGGAGGUCUAUACUCUGGUUGCUUUGAUGCUUUACCGUUUUGAUAUUGAUGUCGAGGACGGUAGUUUGCCGACCGUUAAUGCAGCGGAGCCGAGUUUGGGCGCUAUGCGCCCGAUGGGUAAUAUCAGAGUCAAAGUGAGCGCGAGAAAGCUGUAG